AACAGCUCAUACAGGUCUGUGUAUGGCAACACCACCACCAACAGCACCAACAGCACCACCACCAGCAGCUGGUACAGGUCUGUGUAUGGCACCAACACCAACAACGGCACCAACAGCACCACCACCAGCAGCUGGUACAGGUGUGGGUAUGGCAGCACCAACAGCAACAGGAGCAAAAGCACCAGCAGCACCAACCCCAACAGCUGCUACAGAUCUGUGUGCGGCAACACCACCACCAACACCAGCACCAACACCAACACCUCCAACAGCACCGGCAGCUCCAACAUCAACAGCCGGUACAGAUCUGUGUGUGGCAACACCAACAGUGUCAACACCAACAGCAUCAACACCAACACCAGCAUCUCCAACAGCAUCAUCAACACCAACACCAACAGCUCCAACAGCAUCAUCAACACCAACACCAACACCAGCACCUCCAACAGCACCGGCAGCUCCAACAGCAUCAUCAACACCAACACCGACACCAACAGCUCCAACAGCAUCACCAACACCAACAGCUCCAAUAGCAGCCGGUACAGAUCUGUGUGUGGCAGCACCAACACCAACACCUCCAACAGCAUCAUCAACACCAACACCAACACCAGCAGCACCAGCAGCACCAGCAGCUCCAACAGCAGCCGGUACAGAUCCGUGUGUGGCAUCACCAGCACCUCCAACAGCACUGGCAGUUCCAACAGCAUCACCAACACCGACACCGACACCAACACCAACACCAGCAGCUCCAACAGCAGCCGAUACAGAUCUGUGUGUGGCAUCACCAGCAGCUCCAACACCAACACCAGCAGCUCCAACAGCACCAGCAGCUCCAACAGCAUCCCCAACACCAACACCAACAGCACCGGCAGCUCCAACAGCAUCAUCAACACCGACACCAACACCAGCAGCACCAGCAGCACCAGCAGCUCCAACAGCAGCCGGUACAGAUCUGUGUGUGGCAUCACCAGCACCUCCAGCACCAACACCAGCAGCUCCAACAGCAUCACCAACACCAACACCGACACCAGCAGCUCCAACAGCAGCCGGUACAGAUCUGUGCGCGGCAGCACCGGCAGCUCCUACAAAUCUGUGCACAGCAGCUCCAACACCGGGGGGACCAACGGCCCCGGGGAGGGGUAACGAUGUGCCACAGGUACC